AUCCGGUUGGGGAGACCCGUCAACCUAGUUAGUUGCUGAUAUUCCCCAAGGUUGUAUGUUUUCUACAAAUUUUGCCGGCUAGGUCUGAAUUGAAAUAUUGAGUUAAAGAUGGAUGAGAAUCAGAAAGUGUGGGCCCCAGACCCCAUGGAUGGGUUCAAGAUGGGAACAAUUGUUGACAUUGGAAGUGAAACUGUCACUGUGGAAUUAUUUGAAAAUAAGAAGCAAGUAACUGCUCUUUAUGACAGAGUGUUUCCUGCUGAGGAAGAUGAGAACAAAUCAGUGGCCGACAACUGUGCCUUAAUGUACCUGAAUGAAGCUACACUACUCAAUAAUGUCAAAUUAAGAUACAAAAAACAAGAAAUAUAUACUUAUGUUGCCAAUAUUCUGAUUGCCGUCAACCCAUACUGUGAGAUGCCACAAUUAUAUUCAAAAGAAACAAUUAAAAAAUACCAAGGCAAAUCACUAGGAGUUUUACCCCCUCAUGUAUUCGCAAUAGCUGACAAAGCAUUCCGUGAUAUGAAAGUGUUUAAACAAAGUCAGGCCAUUAUAGUGAGUGGAGAGAGUGGUGCUGGCAAAACAGAAUCUACUAAGUAUAUUCUAAGGUAUUUGACGGAAUCUCACGGUUCGGGUGCUGGUGUGAUAGAACAACGAAUAGUAGAGGCCAAUCCACUGUUAGAAGCGUUCGGUAAUGCCAAGACGAUGCGAAAUAAUAACAGUAGUAGAUUUGGUAAAUUUGUAGAAAUGCAUUUUAGUGACAAGAAUGUAGUAGUUGGUGGAUACGUAUCCCAUUAUCUUCUUGAAAAAUCUCGUAUUGUGAUGCAAAGUCAGGAAGAAAGAAACUACCAUAUUUUCUACAGAAUGUGUUCUGGUGCUCCUGACGAACUACGAAAGAAGCUAAAGAUCACCACUCCUGAUGACUACCAUUAUUUAAAACAUGGCUGUACACAGUAUUUCACAACUAAAGAGAGCUCUGGCAAGUUGAGUGGAAAUCGUACAAGUGCCCAGCACAAAAAGCAGGGUGGUUUGGGAGACAUCAUACUGGAUGACCCUAAAGAUUUCCUUAAAGUUGACCGUGCUAUGGAUAAGCUGGGAAUAUCUAAGGAAGAAAAAAUGGACAUAUACCGUAUUGUCGCCGGCGUUCUGCAUCUUGGCAAUAUUAAAAUGGAAGAAAGUUCUGAAGAUACAAAAGGUGGUAGUAUGGUGUGCCCCACAGCUGAGGAAUCUCUCAAGACAACUGCAUCACUACUGAUGGUAGCAGCUGAUGAUCUGCGUGAGAGCUUAACCACUCGUAUUAUGCAGACAGCUAAAGGUGGCGGUAGAGGCACACUUAUCAAAGUACCACUACGAAAAGACCAAGCCUCUCAUGCUCGUGACGCCUUGGCUAAGGCCAUCUACUCGCAUUUAUUUGAUCACAUCGUAGAACGUGUUAACCAGUGUUUUCCUUAUAAACAGUCGAAUUGUUUUAUUGGCGUCCUCGACAUUGCUGGAUUUGAAUACUUUCAGCUCAACAGCUUUGAACAAUUCUGCAUCAAUUACUGUAAUGAGAAACUCCAGCAGUUUUUUAACAAACGAGUCCUCAAAGAGGUGGACAUGAUAGAAUUAAAACCAGGUGGUAUAUUGGACCAGCUGGAUGAAGAGAGUAAACUACCCAAAGCAAAUCCUAAUAACUUUACGGCAGUGGUUCAUAAAAAGCAUGAUAACAACUACAGAAUUGAUAUUCCCCGUAAAUCAAAACUAACUGCUCACCGAAACCUGAGAGAAGACGAGGGAUUUUUGAUCCGUCAUUUUGCCGGUGCUGUCUGCUACCAAACUUCUCAGUUUAUUGAUAAAAACAAUGACGCUUUACACGCCUCAUUAGCGUGCCUUAUGCAGGAGAGUAAAGAUGGAUUCGUCCAAAGGUUGUUCCCGGAAACGCAAGGUUCAAAAUCAAUACAGAAACUAUCCUUCAUCAGCGUUGGCAACAAAUUCAAGACACAGCUGAGUCUGUUAAUGGAAAAACUUGAGGGGAAUGGUUCUAACUUCAUUCGUUGUAUUAAGCCAAAUCUAAAGAUGGUUGGUAAAUUGUUUGAAGGUGGCCAGAUUCUCAACCAGUUACAGUGUGCAGGAAUGGUGUCAGUGCUGGAUCUCAUGCAAGGUGGUUAUCCAUCACGUACAGUUUUCGCCGAACUCUAUAGUCUCUACAAAAGAUAUAUGCCACCUGAAUUGGUACGACUUGAUCCAAGAUUAUUCUGUAAGGCUCUUUUUAAAGCUCUUGGUCUUGAUGACAAUGAUUACAAGUUUGGUUUAACCAAGGUGUUCUUUAGACCUGGUAAAUUUGCGGAAUUUGAUCAGCUGAUGAAGUCAGACCCCGAUCACUUGGCCUACUUAGUCAAGAAAGUCAAAAGAUGGUUGAUAUGUACACGGUGGAAGUAUGCACAGUUUGGUACUCUGAUGGUUAUUAAAUUGAAGAACAAGUUAUUGUACCGUAGAGCGGCUUUGAUCAAGAUACAGAGCUGUAUACGUAUGUACAAUGCGGUGAAGAAACACCGCCCUCGCUACAAGGGAUUACGAAAAGUCGGUACUCUACGUACACAGUUGGAUAGCAUGAGGAAAAUAGUGGAUGGUAUUAAGGGAGAUAAGAAAACGAAAGAGAAAUUAACGAAAGACGUGAACAGUGUACAACUGAGUAUGGACUCCCUGGUUAAGAAGAUUAAGACAACUUAUAUGACCAGACAGCAGAUAGACUCUGCCUAUUUUGAUCUGGCAAGCAAGAUGAACAAAGAGUUGGAAACACUGUCAAAGCGAAAAGCUGAGGUGGAAGAAAGAGAAAGACUCCGCAAAAUCCAGGAACAGAUGGAAUUGGAACGUAAGAAAAGGGAAGAAGAGGAACGCAUCAGAAAAAAAGAGGAAGAGGAGAGAAGAAUCAAAGCGGAGAUGGAGGCCAAGAGAAAACGAGAAGAGGAGGAAGCAAAAAGACGCGCAGAAGAAGAACGUAAGAGAAAGGAAGAGGAGAAGAAAAAACUUGACGCUGACCGUAAAUUGCAGGCGGAGAAAAAACGACAGAUGGAAGAAGAAAAGAAGAGACAAACUCAGUUGGAACAGGAGCGACGUGAUUAUGAGCUUGCAUUGCGUCUUGCACAGGAAAAUGAGGCCGAAGUGGUACAAGAAGAGCCCCUGCAAAGAUCGGAACAGGUGGUUGCUCAAAAGCAAACCAACUUACUGAAGAGAUAUGACCUUGGUAAAUGGAAGUAUGCUGAACUUAGAGAUGCUAUAAAUACAUCAUGUGAGAUUGACAUGCUUGAAUCUUGUCGAGAAGAGUUCCAUCGUCGUCUUAAAGUUUACCAUGCAUGGAAGUCUAAGAACAGAAAACGUAAUGUAAAGAACGAAACUGCCGAUCAGAGGGCUCCUAAGUCAAUUAUUGAUACUGCAACAGAGCAGCAAGAAAUGGGUCCACUCAUCCCGAUACCAUUACCAACACAAGCUGCUCCUGUCAAGAAGCCAGUUGCGCCAGUCAACAAUGAACAACGAUUUUUCCGUGUGCCAUUUGUACGUCCCAGUGACCAGCAUAAAGAUCCUGAGUUCAAAAAGAAAGGAUGGUGGUACGCUCACUUUGACGGACCCUGGAUUGCUAGACAAAUGGAAGUACAUCCUGAUAAACAACCAGUAUUGCUUGUUGCAGGUAAAGAUGACAUGCAGAUGUGUGAGCUGAGUUUAGAUGAGACUGGUCUGACACGUAAACGUGGUGCUGAGAUACUGGAGCGAGAGUUUGAACAAGAGUGGGAUAAGAAUGGUGGACGACAGUAUUUACUUCUAGCGGUGCAAAACAAACAAGCCAGGCAGACAUACGCCACUCAAAAAUUACACUAAGGAAGCCUACACUGUCAUCUUAUUUACCUGCCAUUUUUACUAAAGUUUAUAUAAUACCAAUGGUUAGUUUAGGUUGUUUGAAUGGUUACUGCUAGUUAAAAAAGUUAUUAACUCUAACAUAUCAAGCAUUGCUAUUGUGAUAACUCAAUUCAUGCACCCAGUUAAUUAUCAACAAAUAUUCAUAAUGAUUCAAAAAAUUUUAAAAUUGUAUUUUUUUAGUCGAGACUAUUACUUUUUAGUCCCCGUUUGGACGAAGUCCGAAAACGGGGACUUAUAAUUCGGUCUCCGUCCGUCCGGAGUCAUAUCUCAGAAUCCCUUGGACCGAUUCCGUUCAUUCUUUGCAUGUGCCUAGUACUUUAUGUGGGACAUAUGCCCCAGUGGUUUAGCGAUUCAAUUUAAAAUGGCCGACUGGCAGCCAUUUUGUUUUUCUAAAAUGUUGUAUUUUGGACAUGCUUUGUCAGUUUUCAUUCAA